UUUUUCUGUCUCUGUGUGUAAGUCAUUACUUAUUGACAUUUCAGGUGUUUCAGAAUGUUCUGGUGCAGUAAGUUUGAAAGAAGUCUUUCUGGUUUUGCCUGUGCUUGAAAAGGAGCUCUGAUCAGGUCUCUACAAUAUAACUUACUUAUGCGUCAUUCUCACCCAGCAGAAAUCAAUCCACACUCUGCUCCCACACCCGUGGGCGACCUCACGUGAUCUCAGGAUCUGACCUGACCUGGGGAAUAUGAUGAAGCGGGAAUGAGCAGUCCUGGACUCUGCAGGUGUCUGGUCCCGCUGUCCUUAGCACUGUACACCUGAUCAAGUGUCUAUGGUCCAACCGCCCUCAGUGCUGCUCACCUGAGGCAGCGUGAGUGCAUCUCCAUACACGUGGGUCAAGCUGGAGUUCAGAUUGGCAAUGCAUGCUGGGAGCUGUACUGCCUGGAACAUGGCAUUCAGCCUGAUGGCAACAUGCCAGCCGACAAGCCCAGAGGUGGAGGCGACGACUCCUUCAACACGUUCUUCAGCGAGACCGGUGCUGGGAAGCACGUUCCGCGGGCUGUGUUUGUGGACCUGGAACCAUCUGUGAUUGAUGAGGUCCGAUCGGGGGCCUAUCGCAGCCUGUUCCACCCUGAACAGCUCAUCAACGGGAAGGAGGAUGCAGCCAAUAACUACGCCCGCGGACACUACACUGUCGGCAAGGAGAUCAUCGACAUAGUCCUGGAGCGUGUUCGCAAGCUGACUGACCAGUGCACAGGUCUUCAGGGCUUCCUCAUCUUCCACAGCUUCGGUGGCGGCACUGGCUCCGGCUUCACCUCCCUGCUGAUGGAGCGCCUGUCUGUCGACUACGGAAAGAAGUCCAAGCUGGAGUUCGCCAUCUACCCCGCGCCCCAGGUGUCCACGGCAGUGGUGGAGCCCUACAACUCCAUCCUGACCACCCACACCACCCUGGAGCACUCCGACUGUGCUUUCAUGGUGGACAACGAGGCUAUCUAUGACAUCUGCAGGCGCAACCUGGACAUUGAGCGGCCCAGCUACACCAACCUUAACAGGCUGAUUGGCCAGAUCGUGUCCUCCAUCACCGCCUCCCUCCGAUUUGACGGAGCCCUGAACGUGGACCUGACUGAGUUCCAGACCAACUUGGUGCCCUACCCUCGUAUCCACUUCCCCUUGGUGACGUACUCUCCCAUCAUCUCCGCUGAGAAGGCCUACCACGAGCAGCUGUCUGUCGCCGAGAUCACAACUGCUUGCUUCGAGCCGUCCAAUCAGAUGGUGAAGUGCGACCCUCGUCACGGCAAGUACAUGGCCUGCUGCAUGCUGUACCGGGGAGAUGUGGUGCCGAAGGACGUCAACGUGGCCAUCGCCAACAUCAAGACCAAACGUUCCAUCCAGUUCGUGGACUGGUGCCCCACUGGCUUCAAGGUUGGCAUCAACUACCAGCCGCCCACUGUGGUGCCCGGUGGAGACCUGGCCAAGGUGCAGAGGGCCGUGUGCAUGCUGAGCAACACCACCGCCAUCGCCGAGGCCUGGGCCCGUCUGGACCACAAGUUCGACCUGAUGUACGCCAAGCGUGCCUUCGUGCACUGGUACGUGGGCGAGGGCAUGGAGGAGGGCGAGUUCUCCGAGGCCCGCGAGGAUCUGGCGGCGCUGGAGAAGGACUACGAGGAGGUGGGAGCGGAUUCCGUGGAGGACGAGGAGGAGGGCGAGGAGUACUGAGCGGAGCCUACUGCAUCUUCUGAGCCUGCCGCCCACUGCCACCCCGCAAAAGGGAUCAACAUUCUCUUUCGUCUGUCUGUUUCUCUGUGUGUGUGUGUGUGUUUCAUCUGUCCUGCUGUCUGAUUUCUUUUGUUCGUGAACUCUGUUUGUACUUGUGGUGUUGUCUGAUAAGUGACUGGUCUCAGUUCUUCGUGACCGUUGUGUUUCUAAAAACAGACUGUGCUGCUGCCCACUGUUUCAGUGUUUUUUAUUCCCCUGAAUAAAGAUUUUGUGUUUACA